AUGGCAACACAACCCACUUUUUUAUUCAUAUUAUUCUGGCUACUUAUCAUGUUCGUGUCAAAUUUACUUUCUCUUUCUUCUCCGUCACCAACGACCCCAUUUUCCAACCGUUAUCGUCAUUACCACCGCCAUUUAGCUCAUUUACAUGAACUCAAAUCCUCACUGCCGGUUCGGCCACACAAUUCCAACCCAGCCAAUCCACCAACUCCAAGUUUUACAGAACCAAGUAGUGCUCGUGUGUAUCAUGUGACAUCAUACGGAGCCGAUCCUACAGGUAAAAUAGACAGCACAGAAUCACUUCUCCGAGCAUUGUCUGACGUGUACAGUUCUAAGAGUGACGGGUCGUCGUUGAUUGGAAGUAUCAAGAAUCUGGGAGGUGCUCAGAUAAAUCUGGACGGUGGAAAUUACUUGAUCAGUCGUCCGUUGCGUUUACCAGCUGCUGGUGUAGGCAAUGUUAUGAUACAUGGAGGAAGUUUACGCGCUUCAGACGAUUUUCCCCCUAACCGUUACCUGAUCGAAUUGUCGUCGUCGCCGUCGGCGGCGGCGGAGGGAGCGGCGGCGCAGAAAAUUAAAAACCAUAAAGUGAUGAACUCUACGGAAGAUUCAAACCUCAGUUCUUCUUUUUCAUCUUAUAGUUACGAGUUCAUCACUUUCAGAGACCUUCUAUUGGAUUCAAAUUACAGAGGCGGCGGAAUUUCAAUCAUCAAUUCAUUAAGAACAACCAUACAAAAUUGCUACAUCACACAUUUCACCACCACCGGAAUUUCCGUUCAAAGUGGCCACGAAACCUACAUUCAAACCACCUUCCUCGGCCAACACAUCACCGCCGGCGCCGAUCUCGGUGAACGAAACUUCUCCGCCAUCGGAAUCAACCUCAACAGUAACGACAACUCCGUCACCGAUGUCGUCAUUUUCUCCGCCGCCAUUGGAAUCCUCAUCUCCGGCCAAGCGAAUAUCCUCACAGGCAUUCAUUGCUACAACAAAGCCACCGUAUACGGCGGUACUGGAAUUUACUUGAAAUUACCUGGAUUAACACAAACCAGAAUCAUGAAUUCGUACAUGGAUUUUACCGGAAUCGUAGCGGAAGAUCCAGUUCAGCUUCUAAUUUCUAGUACGUUCUUCCUUGGCGAUGCUUCGAUUAAGCUGAAAUCGAUUAACGGCGUUGUGAAUGGAGUGAACGUUAUGGAUAAUUUGUUCUGUGGAUCGGAGAAAGGAGUGGCGAUUGUUGAACUUGAUGAAUCGAGAUCGGAAUUCAAGAAAAUAGAUCGGGUUGUGAUUGAGAGGAACAAUGCGAUCGGAAUGCAGGUGAAAUCGACCGCGGCAAACGGCGAAAUUAAAGGAAAUGGAACUUCAUGGAUUCUGGAUUUCAAUUGGAUUUUGGUGUUUCGGAAUUUGAUUAGGAAUGUUCAAUACUCAUUUCGGAGCAUUGAUGGUGGAUUUGCAAGGCAUAUAGUGAGAAAUGUAUCGGAAAAUCGAGUGGUGAUUGAGACGGAUGUUGCGGUGGCCGGAAGUGUGUUUGUGGCGGUGGAUCAAGGGCAGAGGUAGCCAUGGAAGAAGAAAUGAAAAAAAGGUGAAAAUAUUGGGAAAUUAUCAUAAGUUCCCCUUUCACAACUACCAUACUCUCAAUUAUUUGAAGUAGUCUUUUUUCUCUGAUUGAGAUCGAUCAUCUAAAAAUUUAGAUGAAGAUCGACAUCAUAUAUCUUCUCGAGUCUCCGUUAAUCAUUGAGAUCCAUUUGAAAAAUUCAUAUGAAUGGUUUGUAAAUCUAUUUAAAAAUUCAAAUAAUAGUAGA